ACUGCCAUCAGCGACAACACUAUCACUAUCUUUUCCAAGACGUGGUGCCCAUACUGCAAGCGGGCAAAGAACCUCAUCGCAAGCGAGUUCCCGGACGCGAAGACCCAGAUCCUCGAGCUUGACGAGCUCGAGGAGGGAUCCGAGAUGCAGGGCUACCUCUACGAUAAGACGCACCAACGUUCCGUUCCCAACAUCUUUAUCAAGCAGAAGCACGUUGGCGGUUGCGACAAGGUUGUCGAGCUCCACUCUCAGGGCCAACUCGCGGGCCUCGUCGUCGGCGCGUAAGCUUCCCACCCUUCCUCACCCGGCGGGCAUGUGAACAGCCCCGGCUAGAAGCACUCCACGACUAUGAGUACUGUUAGACACUGUAUUUACGGGACAAGAAGUGCUACUGUACCUGUAGUAAAUGAAUUUCUGUAUUACUU